AUUGAUAACAACUAGUAAACAAAUGUAUAUACAUUAUACUACGUGAAGUAUAAUAUAAAGUCGGAAGUCUAUGCAAAUAUAGCACACAGUCCACGGUGGCACGCUAAUGCCACUGAAGCCAUUUCAAUGCAUUGAAGCCAGUCAAAAACUAUAUUAACAGCAAAAUCAUAUGCAAAUUGUCGUUACAGCAGUUCGGUUAGCUCUUAUGUUGUUAUGUCAUUUUCGUCAGUAUAAACGUUGUCCAUUGCGUUAGUGGAUGUAACGUCAGGUUUAAUAUUUUUAUUUUGUCAAAAUGGCAAUAUUAAUUAAUUUUUCCAUGGUAGUAUUGAUGACCACGUUCACAGCCUCACAAUUAAUAAGUUCGAGAAAUAAGCAGAUAAUUUCCAGGUGUGAUGCCAAAGGGUGCUGGAAUCUCACAAGACACUAUUUUAAAAUUAUGUCAUUUGGGAUUUGAAAAUGACUUCAAGCCAAUAUUAGAUGAAAUCUUAAUAGAAAGAGUAGUUGGAACCAGCAAACAUGAGUUUGUUAAAAUGUUUAUAGCAGAAGAAAUGAAAAGUGUCGGAUGGUCAGUUGAAUUAGAUUCCUUCAAUGCUAGAACGCCAUUAGGUGUUCAUAAUAUGACUAAUGUGAUAGCAACUUUGAAUCCUUUGGCCGAUAGAUACUUAGUUGUCGCAUGUCAUUACGAUUCUAAAAAAAUGGACUUCUAUUUUGAGGGUGCUACCGAUUCUGCAGUACCUUGUGCAAUGAUGAUAUAUAUGGCUAAAACAUUACAACAACGACUUGAAAUGUUCAAAACUACUCCUUUGAGUUUGAUGAUGAUGUUUUUUGAUGGAGAAGAAGCAUUUGUAGAAUGGAACGAGUCCGAUUCGUUGUAUGGUUCGAGACAUUUAGCUUCAAAAAUGGAAAACCUUAGAUUUGUGCACAAUGGACGUCAAUUGAAUCAGUUACAUAGAAUAGAAUUUUUAAUGUUGUUGGAUUUAUUGGGAACAAAGAAUCCAACCUUUUAUAAUUACUUUAUCGAAACUGUUGACCUUUAUCGUUCUAUGCUUACAGCUGAAAAAGUAUUAAAUGAAACCAAUUGUUUUACCGAUUAUACUAAAAAUUAUUUCCUUCCAAUGUCGGCUAAUGUCAGAAUUGAUGAUGAUCAUAUACCAUUUUAUGAAAAAGGUAUCGAAAUUUUGCAUAUCAUUCCAAAUCCAUUUCCAAAAGAAUGGCACAAAACUACCGAUAAUAGGAACGCAUUACAUAUGCCUACUAUUUUAAAUUUAAUGAAAAUAUUUCAGGUAUUUUUAGUUGCGUAUUUGGAAACUCAGUAAUUUUUUGGCUUAUAAGCCAAAUAAGAUUCUUAAGUAACAAUACGUCUAAAUUAGCUGUUGGUGAUUUUGUGGCACAUAUUUUGACUAUAUAUAGUAACUAUAAUGACUAUUGAAUAAGAUCUACUUUAAAAUAGUUUUUACAGUUAUUAUGUUUAAAAAAAACAAAUUAGUUAUAUUUUUCUGAAAAAAAGUUCUUCAAUAAUUGUUUUCCAACAUGCCAACAGUCCUUCAAGUUGGGUAUUUUUAGAGUAAUUUAGACGUAUUGGGUACUUAACAAUUUAUUUUUACCUAUUUUUAAUUUGUUGUUGUUAUUUUUUUAUUAUUUUAAUUGAUAGAGAAGUACUAUGAUAUGUUAGGUACAAAAUUAAGAAAUAUAUGUAACUUUUUUUUAAUUAAAGAAACGUUUUUUAAUUGUUAUUACCAGUUUUUAUAUUUUAAGUAUUUUAUGAUAUUUCAAACAUACGCUUUAUAAAUAAAACAUACGUUCUGGAGA